GACAUCACUCCAACCUCACGAAUAGUUGAAGAGCUGUUAUAAUUAUGUCUUAUAAGUCUUAUUUUAACAUUUCAUACCGUGCUACGGAGCUGAACACUUCCCUGAACAAAGGCACAUUACACGGCAUUCCAAAAUUAGCGACGAAAACAGAAAUGUCGUCUCCUAUAACUUCACGCUUUUUUCGUGCUGUGCACGACCAGCUGUUGCCUGCGCUGUUCGGGGGACCCCGACCUGUGCAACAGCGGUCCUUUGCUUCUGACACGGAGGGGAGCCAAGGGGUCACUUUACGCCGAGGCAGAAUGGAAGACGUCCCUGGGGUAUGGCAAGUGACAGAGGAAGCCAAAUGGAAUAUGCACCAAGACGUGGUUGAGACCCAUUUCAAAAUGAGUAACAAUGGCUGGAUUAUCGCAGAAAAGGACGGAAAUAUAGUGGGUUGCCUUCUCACGUAUAAAUUCAAUGAUGACCUGAGGACUGCGGGUCAUCUUAUAAUGUCUCCAAAGAUGCGUGGUUAUGGUGUGGGAGGAAAACUGAUGAUGACAUUUUUAGAGGAAUUUGGAGACGCAAACGUUCAUGCUAGCCUCACUAAGCAAAUGUUCGAUACAUAUGAAAGAUACACCGGUGUCCCGCUUUCUAUGGGAAAAGUUGUCGGGAAAUAUUCCGGCGUCUUCAAGAACACCCCACUUCCACCAGAUGCAGAACGCAGUUACCGCUUGUUAGACGUGACAAAAAUUGACCAAUCGGAUCUGAUUGAUUAUGAUGCGUCAUACCACGGGGUACCAAGACCGGAAAAGUUGAAGUUAUGGCUUGGCCAAACAACGGCAGAAACGCUCGUCUUGUUGGAGAAGGGAAAGAUAGCCGGGUACGGAUCAAUCAGGCCUGCUAUGAACGGUUUCUCCCUUGGACCCCUCUAUGCAGAAAAUACGAUUGGAACCAUGGUUCUCUUCAAGGCUCUGGUGGACCUCAUUCCACGAGAUUCCAACGUCGAUAUUUUAAUGCCAUAUGCAAACGAAGCUGGUCAAGAGAUUCUGAAGGCCAACGAAAGCACAGUGAAACUGUUCGAUACCUAUCAGAAAUUUGCCCUGAAAUGCUAUUCUCCCCCUCCAAAAUGGAAUAAUGUAUUUUCAUUGUUUUCGAACGCAUGCGGAAAAUGCUAAGAUUAUGCGUUUGUAUGUAUAUAUGUAUUUUGUCCCCUUUUUGGUUUGUGUCAAGUUUAAGUUUUGGUGUAUUUACAAUUUAUGUUCUUUCAGUUGAUUUUAUUAUUGGCGGAGUCUCAAAUCAAUUAACAUGACUGGACUGAAUGAUGUAUUACGUGUAUCACCGAGGGUUCAAUAUUGUGCGUCUCAUUGAUAUUAUUCAUUUAAUAUGGAAUAUUGAAAUGCUCAAUUAAACGACAUACAUAAAGGUAUAAUAGCAUCGCAGAUGUGUGCAUAAAAAUGAUUGACAAUAAAUGUUUUUAGGGCUAAACAAAAGUCAUAUGACUUGUAUAUUCAAUAUUUCACAAAGUCCAUAUUACGGGGGUGGAAAAUACUUAAAAACAAACUUAAUUAGACAACGAAUAUCGUACAGCACUGAAUAAUUGCUAUUCAAGAGGACAAUCCUUGUCUUUAUGGAAAAACAGGAUAUGAGUAGGUUGUGCUUAUGUG